GCAAAUCAUCCGUUUGUGCCUUCCUAUCCAUGCAAUGAACAACCUCAAGCUCAAAGGCUAUGGCUUCAACCCCUCCGAGCAAAUCCUCAUCGGCUAUCUCCGAGACCGAACACUGUUCGGCCGUGAUUACUUGGUCCAAGACAUCAUCGACCUCGGUCACGAUAUUUGCAACUAUGAUCCAUGGGAUCUACCUAGUUGCGAUUCUAUCACACCGAGUGAUUCGGAACGGUUUUUUAUUUACCCGAAAACGUAUAAGUAUGCAAACAGUAAGUCCAAGGUGAUUGGUACGCCUACAGGACAAGUACCGAAAGGUGAACAAUGGCAGCCGAUGAUAAAUCGAGCUACCAAGAACGGAAAUUGGAAAGUCUCGGGGGAUCAAGUUGAUGUAAAGUCUAGUGAUGAUACUAAACAAGUGAUUGGUAUUAAGACAAGGUUGUAUUUCAGGCACAAUAGCUGCCCAAACAAAACAACAUGGACGUUAUAUCAGUUCGAACUUGUUGGUAUUGAUCCUUGCCAAGAUAAAUAUUUUCUUGGUAAAGUGAUAAUGAAAAAGCCAACCAAUAUUUCAAGUAACAAUAUAGACGAUCAGAUCUCAAUUCCGCAGGUUCAAGUAGAACUCGGUUCAGAGCCAUUAGUUGAAAACGAAGUAACUAAUGAGUACGGGUGGACUCAAAGUGAACAAACUUAUGAAUUUAUAACUCCCUGUCCGGUUUUCGACAUUAAUGAUGGGAAUGAAGUGAUCUCCAAUCACCAGUCACAAAUAAAUAUGGAGCUAAUUAGAAGCUUGGAAGCACCUAAUAUAGGUAUUGAGGAUCAAAAUCAAUCAUACCGGAAUAUUGGGAUCGAUAUUAAUGAUCGAACAGUCCCUGAUGGAAGCAAUCAACUUAAUAUAGUUGCAGUUGCAGAGAAUGAAAGCUCAAUGUUGCCUUCUAAUUUACAUGACCUAAUUCAAAUGAAAUGGUCUGACUUAUACAACUUAUACGGCUGGUGCUGAGAUAGAGAGCACCAAUUUGCCCCCUUUGGAUGUGGCUGAAUCUUCCUACUCGACGGAUUCAGUCCGUAAAAGAUCAGCCUUGGAGGUUGAAGGAUCGGGCACCGGUGUAGAAACUGAAUUGGCUCAACAACAAGCAAAGAGAAGU